AUGUCAAGCAAGGCUGCCCUCAAGGAAGUGCGGACAGCGCUCGACUCGAAGAAUUUCGAGCUUGCAGCCGACAAAGCCAAAGCUCUUGUGAAGGAACAACCGCAGAACUACCAUGCGAAUGUCUUUCUCGGUCUUGCACAGGAUAAACUCAAUCGAACCCAAGACGCCGAAAAAGCGUAUUUCGCGGCCACUCGCAUCAAGGGCGAUGACAAGACGGCAUGGCAGGGACUUAUAAGCCUCUAUGAGAAGCAAGGAAAUCAGAAGCUUGAGCAAUAUCGAGAGGUGGUUAUAAACCUUGGUCAAAUAUUUGCCGACUUGGACGAUAAACACCGAUGCCAGGACACUGUGGACAAAUAUAUCGCCUUUGUUAAGAAGAAUGGAACUCGCCUACAGUAUAAGAAAGCCCUUGAGCUACAUCUACCGACCAGUCCUUUAUACAGCUUCCUCGAAGGUCGCAUACCCAAUCCUGCCCACACCUACCAGCGUCUCAUUGAGAUCACGGAAUCGGAAGAAAGAGAAUUCAUCAAUCGUGAAAUUGGUGAACGAAGAACCCGGCUCGGUGCGCGAAUCGACCAAGUGACGCUCGACGUAAAACGCGAGGCCUACAAACGAAGCGAGCUGGAACAGCUUUACCGUGGAAUAGUCAAUUGGUCUCAUGAUGAUCAAGUUCGACGGGCGUACGAGGAAAAGUUGUUACAGAGGGCUUAUGACAUACUUACUGUCUUACCUCCCAAUGAAAAGGACGCGAAGAGAGAAGAGGUGGUGCAGGCUGCUCGUGAUAUGGUGAUUAUCAAACACCCUUUCGAGCUUGCCUGGAAGAUCGUCCUAGAAUGGCAGGAUGUCGAAGACUUCUCUCAAUGGGACCGCGGAUUCUUGGAGGAUUUUAUCGAAUUUUUCCCUGAAAAUGACCUCACAAAGGUCCUCAAGGGCUUUCUGGGUAGUGACAUUUCUCCAUUCCCCAAAGAGCCCACCAAGCCGGGUCAAGAAGAGGCGGACAAGGUCGAGAAGGUCGAGAACGGUACCGCUAAUGGAGAUAAUAGUGAAGUGGCUGCCCAGGACCGACUUAUUUUGAUGGUGGAAGGUCUAGAAAUGUGCUCUACCUCCAUUGUUGCUCACAGGAUCAUGGGUGAACUCUACCUGUCGCUUGAGGAAUACGAGAGCGUCAUCCAUGUGUGCCGCAAAGGCCUCCAGAACCUACACGAUGCUGUCAAAAGGACGGGUAUCAGCCUACAAAAUACCGCUGAUUCCUUGAACAUCGCUCUUGCAAACUCCCUUAUCUACUACCAGUCUCCGCGAAAUCACCCAGAAGCUCGGAGUAUCUUCCAGGAUAUUCUGCAAAGGCAGCCCACCUCAACCAGCUGUCUUCUCGGCAUUGGUCUCAUCCUCAAGGUCGACGAAGACUACCCCGAAGCCGUCAAUUUCUUGGAGCGCGCUCUCGAACGAGACCCGUCAAACCUCAAGGUUCGUGGCGAAUUGUCAUGGUCUAGAGCGCUUAACGGAGAUCUAGAAGCAGGCCUAUCUGGACUUCAGGACGUGCUGGAGGAGCUGCAAACCUCGCAACUCGAAAAUCGAGACUUCAAAGGUGAAAUCCUCUACCGCAUCGGUUACUGUCAAUGGGAAAUCGACCCAUCAUCGUCCGCGCGCAAAGACAGAAAUGGUGCGUAUGCUAGUUUCUUAGCGUCCAUCCAAUCCAGUCUAAACUACGCGCCGGCAUAUACCAGCUUGGGUAUCUAUUAUGCCGACUAUAAGAAGGACAAAACAAGAGCGCGGAGGUGCUUCCACAAAGCGUUCGAGUUGUCGGCGUCGGAAAUCGUUGCAGCCGAGAGGUUGGCGAGAACGUUUGCAGACCAGAAAGAAUGGGACCUCGUUGAGGCUGUCUCUCAACGCGUCGUCGACUCAGGGAAGGCCAAACCCGCGCCAGGCUCGAAAAGAAAGGGAUACAGCUGGCCCUACGCUGCUCUAGGUACAGUUCAGAUUAACAAGCAACAAUACCCUAAGAGUAUCGUUUCGUUUCAAGCAGCUCUGCGUAUCAGCCCAGGCGACUACCAUUCUUGGGUUGGUUUGGGUGAAAGCUACCAUAACUCCGGAAGAUACAUCGCCGCUACAAAGGCAUUUGAGCAUGCCCAGGAGUUGGAAUCUACAUUAUCAAAGUCCGAUCAGGAACAGAUAUGGUUCGCUCGAUACAUGCUGGCUAACGUGAAGCGGGAGCUGGGCGAAUACGACGAUGCGAUCAGAAGAUACGAGGACGUGCUAAAGUUUCGCCCCAAUGAACUGGGUGUCACGAUCGCUCUGCUUCAAACACUUACAGAAAAUUCCUGGAAGAGUCUGGAAUCCGGACUGUUCAAUGACUGCGCCGAGCUUGCCGGAAGGGCUAUUAUGGUGGCCAAGUCACUGGCAACCGAGCGCGUCGACAUUUUCAACCUGUGGAAAGGCGUGGGAGAUGCAUGCACGAUCUUCUCUUACAUCAAGUCGAAAGCCAACAAGCUACCCAUGAACGAGAUUCGGGGGUUGCUUACUACACAGCUUGAACCCUCCGCUCUUGACAUUCUUACAGAUAUCGAUGAAGUGGGACAGAACUACCUGCCUGAACUCAAGGAUGAGAAGGAGGUUUCGAUUCUGGCAAACGAGUGCAUGUACGCUUCUAUCCUAGCCCACAAGCGUGCCAUACAUGUCUCGUUACAAGACAUCCACGCUCAGGCAGUAUCAUGGUACAAUCUUGGAUGGGCAGAGUAUCGAUCAUACAAAAGCAUCAGGCCAAGUGGAGAUGGAAAAAAGCAGUCUCGCAAGUUCUUGAAAGGAGCAAUGCGUUGCUUCAAAAGGGCCAUUGAGCUGGAAGCUGGAAAUUCCGAGUUCUGGAACGCCCUCGGAGUGGUGACUACGAGCAUGAGCCCACGGGUCGCACAACACGCUUUUGUCCGAAGUCUGCACUUGAACGACAGGAGCGCGCAAGUAUGGACAAACCUGGGAACUCUUUACCUCGUACACAACGAUAUCCAGCUAUCCAACGAAGCGUUUACUCGGGCGCAGUCAACCGAUCCAGACUAUUCACUUGCCUGGGUUGGUCAGGGUUUCCUAGCCCUCCUGUUCGGCGAACCACGAGAGGCUAGAGGAUUGUUCGAGCAUGCCUUUGAUAUUUCCCGGUCAUCGUCAAAAUUGCCGAAACAGCAGUACACACUUACUCUUUUCGACCAUCUUGUCACGGAUGCCUCCGCCUCAAACGAGGUCUCGCAGCUUAUCCAGCCAUUCUUCACAUUGUAUCAGCUUACUAGUCAAGACCCGUCUGAUCUUCCCUUCGUCCAUCUCUUCUCUCUUCUUGCCGAAAGAAUUGGUGAACUCACAGACGCUGAAGCCAGCUUGCGAAGUCUGUGUUCUCAUGUUGAAUCUGAGUAUGAGGUCUCGGAAUCCGCAGCAUCGCUCUCCAGGUUCGUGCAAGCCAAUGCCGAUAUUGCGCGCGUGCUCCUAGCACGUCAGGAAUACGAAGAAGCCGCCGAAAAGGCAGAGACUGCGCUUAUGCUGUCAGGCGAGGAUGAUUCCGAUAAAUUCGAGCCCGAAAUGUACAAGAACUUGCGCCUGUCGGCACAUUUGACGGCUGGUUUAGCGCAUUACUACAUGAGAGCGAUGGACAACGCAAUCGAUAUGUUCCGCGAUGCGCUUCAAGAAGCAGAUAACGCGCCAGAUGUCGUCUGUCUUCUCGCACAGGUAUUGUGGGCGAAGGGUGGGGAGGAGGAGCGAACAGUCGCUCGACAACAGCUGUUUGAAUGCGUGGAAAACCGUCCAGACCACGUCGGUGCAGUUACGCUGCUGGGAGCCAUUGCCCUACUUGAUGACGACAAAGACGUUAUCGAAGCUGUCGAGUCUAACCUCCACAACAUGAUCACGAGAGAUGACAUUGAGAUUCAUGAAAGAGCGAGACUUGUCAAGCUCUUGACAGCUAUCUCCUUGUGUAUCGCCAAUGAAUCGGGGGUUCCUGAAGAGACAAGACGUAUUGGAGAGGCGGCCGCUGCAGUGAUGAGAGCACCAUGGGACCCUGAGGGAUGGUUAGAGCUAUCUUCCGCUUCUCAGGAGCCAUACCCUGCUGAAAUGAGCGUCAAGACAGCGCUACGGAGUGUUCCUCCUCGUGGCAACCUCAACGCAGCCGAUCUAUCCAACGCAUAUGCACAGACCGGCAAGGCUAGUGAUGCAUUAAGGGCGAUCAUGGUCGCGCCAUGGAUGAAGAGCGGUUGGCAGGAACUGAGCCAUGUGGUCUCUUCGACCACUUGA